UUCGCUGCUCGAACAUUCUAGAAAAUUCCCAUUUCCCUCGAUCGAUCCCUCAUUUGUGAUUUCCAAGUUACAUCUUUUUACCGGUACCAACUACCAUUUCACAUUUAUGAUUCGCCGUUUACCUCGAGUGUGUUAAAUUGUUAGUUAUUUACCGACUCUCGUUUACCGGCUCUAAUUUCAUUCCGCGUUGAAGUAGGAAUAUCUCUAAACGUAUUAUAUCCACGUGUUUUUGUGUGUGUGUUUGUGUUUCAAUUAAAAUGGCUUCAAUGUCUGUAAUCGGUAUAGAUUUUGGUAGUGAAUCGUGUUAUGUGGCUGUGGCUCGGGCUGGAGGUAUUGAAACCAUCGCCAAUGAUUACAGCUUACGAGCAACGCCUUCGUGUGUAGCGUUCAGCCCCAGGAAUCGCAUCAUCGGAGUGGCUGCUAAAAAUCAAAUGGUAACCAACAUGAAAAACACCAUACACGGGUUCAAACGAUUACUGGGACGGUCAAUCGACGAUCCGUUCGUCCAACAAGAAAUCAAGUCUUUACCAUUUAAUGUUGUGAAAUGCGACAACAACAAAAUUGGCAUUAACGUGAAUUAUCUCAACGAACAACACACUUUUAGUGUCGAACAAAUCACUGGCAUGCUGUUGACGAAACUUAAAGAAAUAUCAGAAAUAUCUCUCAAAACUAAGGUAAAUGAUUGUGUGAUAUCUGUACCGUCGUUCUUCACCAAUGCUGAACGUAAAGCAUUACUCGAUUCGGCGGCAAUUGCCGGCCUUAACGUAUUGCGUCUGUUCAACGAAACUACAGCAACAGCUCUAUCUUAUGGUAUUUACAAACAAGACUUGCCCAACUCCGAAGAGAAACCACGUAAUGUAGUGUUUGUCGAUUGCGGCUACACUUCACUUCAAGUUUUUAUCUGUGCUUUCAACAAAGGCAAACUUAAAAUGUUGGCUAGUACGUUUGAUGCCCGAUUAGGUGGUAGAGAGUUUGAUCAACUUCUAGCUGAACAUUUUAGUAAAGAUUUCAAAUCUAGAUAUAAUAUAGAUCCAAGGACCAAUGCUCGAGCAUACGUAAGAUUAUUAUCUGAAGUUGAAAAAAUAAAAAAACAAAUGUCAGCAAACUCGACUAAAUUGCCAAUGAACAUAGAGUGUUUUAUGGAAGACAAAGAUGUGCACGGUGAUAUUAAAAGAAGCGAGUUUGAGGAGUUGGCUAUGCAUUUAUUCGAUAGAGUUGAAAAAACAUUAGAACAGUGUCUUAAAGAUUCAAAACUUAGCAAAGACGACAUAUAUUCAGUAGAAAUUGUUGGAGGUUCGAGUCGUAUUCCAUACAUCAAGGGAUUAAUAGAAAAUAUUUUUGGAAAAUCUCCGAGUACAACUUUGAAUCAAGAUGAAGCCGUCGCUCGAGGUUGCGCCUUACAAUGUGCUAUGCUGUCACCAGCCGUCAGAGUUCGAGACUUCAGUGUUACUGAUAUUCAAAACUUCCCAAUUGAGCUUGUAUGGGAACCAGCCGAUGACUCUGACGAUGGUCAUGCCGAAGUUUUUCCCAGGAAUCAUCCUGUUCCUUUUUCAAAAAUGCUGUCAUUCUACCGCCUCUCUCCAUUUACUGUUAAAGCCCAUUAUACAGGAUCUAUUCCGUAUGCUGACACUUAUAUUGGUCAGUUUACAGUGCGCGAUGUCAAACCAACAUCGGACGGUGCCAGUCAAAAGGUUAAAGUAAAAGCCAGGGUUAACAUUAAUGGUGUAUUCAGUAUUAGUAGUGCAACUCUUCUAGAGAAAUCUGAACAAAAAGAGGAAUCCAUAGUCCCACCAUCUGAACCAAUGGAAACUUCCGAAAAAGAUCAGCAACCAGCCGAAAAUGAAGAAAACAAGACCGAGGAGAAAAAAGAAGAGAAGAAAAAAUCGGUGACCAAAACAAUCGACCUACGUAUUGAUGCACUUACCCACGGGUACUCCGUCAUGGAUUUAAAUAAUUAUAUUGAACAAGAAGGUAAAAUGGUAGCUACUGACCGGCAAGAAAAAGAAAGAGUCGACGUACGAAAUUGUCUUGAAGAAUAUAUCUAUGACAUGAGAGGGCGUAUUUCUAGUGAAGAAGAUCUGGCAUCUUAUAUUUUAGAUAGUGAUAGGGAAAAAAUUUCCAAACAAUUGGAAGAACUAGAAACGUGGUUAUAUGAAGACGGUGAAGAAUGUUCCAAAGCCAUUUACACUGAAAAAUUGGAUUUAUUGAAAUCUGUUGGUGAACCUAUAAAGAGACGCAAAGUUGAAUACACCACUUUCCCAUCUGUAAAAGAUCAAGCCUUUCAACUGAUCGCACACGCUCAAAAUGAUGUCGAUGCUUUCCGCAAAGGAAGUGAACAGUUUAAUCAUUUAGAAGCCGCCGAUGUAGACAAAUUAGCCGCAACCCUCAGUGAAGCUAAAAGGCGGUUAGAAGAGAAGGCCAAUCAAGUUGCUAGUACUCCAUUAUACAAAGACAUUCCAUGCAAGGUAGAUGAGUUGCUAAAAGAAAAGCAUAGUAUAGAAGACCAAGUGUUUAAAGUACUAUACAAACCAAAACCAGCACCCAAAGUUGAACCUCCCAAAGAAGAAGCUAAAAAAGAACCUGAACCCAUGGAAACCGAACAGCCAGUACCGAAUGGAAAUGAUGCAUAGAAAACGAAUGCACUUAUUUUUUAUUUUUAUUGUUUAAUAUAUUAUUUUGUUUUGAUAUAUCUGUCACUUUAUAUUUACAUUGUGUGAAUUCACAGAUAAAAAUAUUUUCUAAUGCAACAAUAUUGUAUUACAAAUUAAUAAAUUAAAUAUAAAACACAUAUUUACUUACUAGUUCAAUAGUAGACAUUCAUAACUCUUCAUGGAUUUCUUGUUCUUUUUGUUAACUAUUUAAAAAACUAACUUGAAAAUAAACCAAAUUAUUAUCUUUAUUAAUAUUUA